GCUUCAGGCGAGGCUUGUGGUGGGAUCGGAGCCUCUUAUCUGAGCGCAGCCAUGGAGCAGAGUAGCGAUGGGGUGCCAAUCAACCAGCGUUGCAGAGUGAUAUACCACAUGAAACUGUGAGGCAUUGCCAAAAUGCGGAAUCAGAAGAGACAGGCAGUUGGCUUUUAGCCUUGCAAGCCCAUUUGAAGAAAGGAAGUCAGCAAGACAUGAGUGAUAUACCACAUGAACCUGUGAGACAUUGCCAAGAUACGGAAUCAGAAGGGAUAGGUAGUUGGCUUUUAGCCAAUUGCAAGCUCAUUUAAAGAAAGGAAGUUAGCAAUAUUCUAAAUAUUUUUUGUCUGUAUCUCACUACGUCUAUUUAGUUGGUAUGUUAAAAACACAGAUUCUGUAUGUUGCCUAUUUUAGAAUGCACCUUCAUUUUUAGCGGUUUGCUUGUCCAACUGGUGAUGGUAUUUCUGCUGUUGAUGACUAUAAAUUAGUUGUAAAUUAUUUUGUUAUGAUUCUUCAGCAGUUUGACAAUUCUUGCUUAUGCAUAAAAGGCUGGCUUUACCACUAGUUUUUAACAAAAGGAAAAAUAUCAUAUAAAGUAGUAGCUUAUUGACUGAUCAUUAGUUCCUAUGAGGCUAUGACACUCCAUGAUUCAAUUGCUUGGGAAAAAAAAAACACUCCAUGGUCCAAAUCCCCCCCCCCCCCCUGCCCCGAUUCAAGAAAGGUCAUGCAUACACGUGCUUGUCAUUCCACAUACUAUUUUUGUUGCUUUCAGCAAGUAAAGGUCGACUAUGCGCUUAAUUUCCUCAAGCGGUACAUAUGCCCUGUACCAUGUUUUCAGGCAUUCACUAUCAAGAAGGACCUCCUCGCAAGAAAAUUGUCCACAGCUUCAAAGAGAGCAGUAGUUCCAAAAGUCAAAUACGCAGAUGGUCAUCAGAGGAAAAUGAGGCACUCACGCAAAUGGUAAACAAACAUGGGACGAAAGACUGGCAAACUAUUGCAUGUGCUAUACCUGGCCGAAAUGCACAUUCAUGCUUUUCAAGAUGGAAAUACAUUCUAGACCCAGCAAUAAACAAAGAGCCUUGGUCGCAACAGGAGGAACUAAGAUUGAUUCGUGCACAGCAAGUUUAUGGAAACAAAUGGUGUAAAAUGGUCAAACAUUUCCCAGGGAGGACAAAUGGUGCACUCAAAGAACAUUGGAGAGGUUCUAUGAAAAGAAAACUGGAUUCAUACUUGGCCUCAGGAUUGCUCGAACACAUUCCAGACCUGCAAGAUGAUGUAUCAUUUCCACAGAGCAAUCAGUCUGAUAUUCCAAAGGAUUGCAAAGCUGCAUCUGAUAGAAAUAGAUUUUCAUCACGUUUAUCAACAAACCCCAAACUUAAACAAGAGCUCACAGAACUGGUUGAAAAUGCUAAUACGUCAGCAAGAAAAAGCUCUGACUUAUUCUAUGCUAAAGCACCUGAUACCCAUUCAGCCAAAAUCUCAGAAAUGACAAUGGCCAAAUCACAGCAGUGUGCAGGAACAAGAAAGAAGCUGGCUUUUCUGUCAACCCCAGUGGAGCUCAAGAAUGUUGUACCACAUGAAACCACCAAACAUUGUCAUGAUAUGGAAUCAGAAAAGACAGAGGUCCCACUGUGCAAGAAAAAUGCCCACUGCAUCAAGGAUGGAAGUAGUUUAAAAAUUCCCGAAAGGGCCAAAGGCAAAUGGUUAGCAGAGGAAAAUGAAAUUCUCACUAAAAUGGUUGCCAAACAUGGAAAAAACUGGCAAACUGUUGCAUCUGCUAUACCUGGCCGAGAAGCAAAACAAUGCCGAAUCAGAUGGACACGCAGUCUUGACCCAGCAAUAAACAAAGAGGGUUGGUCAGAACAGGAGGAGCUAAAAUUGAUUCGAGCUCAUCAAAUAUAUGGAAGCCAGUGGCUUAAAAUGGUCAAACAUUUCCCUGGGAGGACAAAUCAUGCACUCAAAGAACACUGGAGAGGUCGUAUGAAAGGAAAACUGAAUUUUUAUUUAGCCUCAGGAUUGCUAGAACAAGUUCCGGACCUGGAAGAAGAUAUAUCAGUUCCAGAGAGCAGUCAGUCAGAUAUUCUGAAGGACAGCCAGGGUUCAUCUGACAGAAGUCGACCGCCAUCAGUUCUACGAACACGGCCCAAAUCUAAACAGGAACUCCCAGAACUAGAUGAAAAUGCUGGUACAUCAGAAGAAGAAACUUCUGCUUGCAUUUGUCCUAAAGGGCCCAAUGCCCAUUCAGCCAAAGUUUCUGAAAAGGUAUUGGCUAAAUCAAAGCAGCGUGCCAGAGCCCGAAGGAAAUUGGAUUUUUUGUCGACCCCAGUGGAGCUCAAGGUAUGCACUGCUGCAGCAAGCUGUGCAAGGCCUCCCCUUAAAAUGGAUCAAAUGAGUCCAGCGGCCGACAAUAUCUCUGCAUCAGAUGUAUGUCAAGACAUUUCACAGAAUGUCCCAUCAGAACGUGUGGAUGCCAUCAUACCACCAGCUGCUAAUAAUCAUCGCAAUGAUUUGCAUUCACCAGCAACCCUAGAUCCAUUCUUUCUGGAGAUGCAUGAGGUCAACGCAUCAGAUCUUCUGGACAUGUCCUACUGCGAUGACUUGAUAAUCGAUUCUCCUUGUUACCCACAUGACGGUAGCUUCAUAUAGAAGAAAAAGUUACGGACACAAAUGCAACUUCGGGUGUUGCACUUGCUCUGUUGUACACUUUUGGUAGCAAGAGACGAUGAACUUGUCUUCCUAAAAUCCAGCAACUCCCUGUACUUGUUGCAUGUUGGAUGGAACGACACUAUCUUGUCUUGUCAAAAAUAAUUGCAUUGCUGCUCUGUUUAAUGUUGUAAAAUUAGGUUAACGAGGAUGCCAUUGCCGGCCCUCGGUUCCGUGUUAA